UUUCAAAUGAACCAAUUUUGCAUCCCUUACUGUCUUUGCGAUUUUAUGCAAAGCAUCAAUAUGAAGUCCCAAUCCAAUGAGAUUUGUGAGCCAAAGAAAGCUAGGAUCACCAGCCAAUGCAGCAGCACUGACCUAAAGAACGAAGCUUCAGAAACAACUAUUAUUGAAGUAGAGGAAUCUGAAAUUCACCAGAAGAUUUUUGCCAAUAAGAAGACUUCUGCGUUCUGCACUAAGACAUCUCAUAACCAGAGUUGUCUAAACGGCCUCCCUUGCAUGUUCAUGUUGAAGAAAAUGCAAGAGGAAGCUAAGGAGGAGCCUUCUCAGCCUGAGAAGAAGGAUGACAAAAGACUCAGUUCCUACAGUCUUAGGAAAGAUGUCAUUUAUAAAGUAAUUUUCAGAACCAUCAGGAAGUUCUUCAUUAAUGACUUCAAAAAGUUCAGCGACAAUAAACAACCUAACUCGGAGCCUUCAAGAGAUCUCAUCUCUAAGAUUAGAAGCUAUGUUUCAGCCAAGUUCGACUGCUCCCAAGAUCACCAACAGCUAGAGGUCUUAGUAUUGAGUAUCAUCGAUACUAAACAGCGCUACUGAACUAUUAGUGCUGAACAUCAGACAAAAUAUAAAGAAAUCACCAGCCUCCUCUAUUCCUACAAUAAGAAAAAGCUAGCCAGGCUCUUGGCCUCUUCUUUGUUCUCCAAGCUAGUGAUGUACUUCCUCUCCCAACCCAACAUCCUAGAUAUGAUCAUGAAGCAGAGGAAGGAGCCCAGACUUGUGCAACAAUAUGAGAAGAUGCUUGUCGAACUCAAAAAUAAGUGUUCGCAAGUAAUGCUUCUCUAACUAAUUUAUCGCUAAUACAUUAUCUAUAAUCUUUC